UCUGCUGUCCCUGACCCUUCCUCUAUUGAUCCACCCUCAGACCCGUCGGCAGAUCGUAUUUGUUUGAUGUUUUCUGACGUGACUUCACUGAAAAGCUUUGACUCUCUUACAGGCUGUGGAGAUAUUAUUGCAGACCCAGAAGAAGAGGCAGGCCCCAGCUGUGACAAGCAUGUCCCCGGGCCAGGCAAGCCAGUGCUCUCUAAAAAGAACCCCACCGUGGUGGCCUACCAAGGAGGAGGGGAGGAGAUGGCCAGCCCUGAUGAGGUGGACGAUACCUAUCUCCCGGAAUUCUGGGACAUGUUGUCCCAGACGGAGGACCAAGGACAAAGGCCCCAAGAGGGUGCAGUGAAGGCGGCCACUGCUUCGGACACCAAGCUGGCCCCUGAGACCUCCAAUGAUGCCCGGUGUGGGGAAGUAGCCAAGGACGCGUCCUCCUCUGUCAAGCACAGGAGGCUCCACAGGAUCCCCAUUGAGCCUCAGCAGAAGGAGGAGCCCAAGCACCCAGAGAAGGAGCAUCAAGAAGGCGUCCCUAACAGCGACGAGGGCUACUGGGACUCCACCACUCCUGGCCCAGAAGAAGACAGUGCCAGCAGCAGUAAGAAGGCUGUCAUCCCCAGGGAUAGCGACAGUGGCGAUGCUCUCUAUGAUCUCUACACUGAACCCGAAGGAAGCCCAGCCGCCCUUCCUGUGGCGGAGGACCCACCCUGCUUGUCCCGGCUAAAGCCCGUGUCUCCAGGUACCAUCACCUGUCCACUGAGAACACCAGGCAGCUUGCUGAAGGACUCUAAAAUCCCCAUUAGCAUCAAGCAUCUCUCCAACCUUCCAUCCAGCCAUCCUGUGGUGCACCAGCAACCAGCCAGGAGUGAAUUGCCCAGAACAAAAAUCCCCGUUUCCAAAGUGCUGGUCCGCAGGGUCAGCAACCGGGGUUUGGCUGGGACCACCAUCAGGGCAGCAGCGUGCCAUGACAGUGCCAAAAAGUUGUGA